GGCGGCGGCUGCGGCGGCUGCGGCGGCGCCAAUCGGAAGGGCCGGAGGGGCGGAGCGCCGUUCAAACGUGGCGGCGGCGCGCGCGGCGGGUCCUGCGGGGAGGUGGUGCGUCGGUCCCGAUCCCGGUCUCGGUCCCCGUCCCCUCCACGCACUGAAAAUAAGGUUGACCAGGACCUGGAACAAGAUGGCAUCUGUGCUCCAGAAUGUCAGAGCAACAAUGGCCUGGCAGAAACACCAGCUCCUAGCUGACUUUGAUGAAAAUGAGAGCCCUGUGCCUGACAAAUUCAAGAGAAAGGCUGCUCUGAGUUCUCUCAAUACCAUCUGCAUGUCUCUAAGGAAACGAGCACCGUUAAAGCGAGUAGAGCUGAAUUUUCAUAACACCCCAACUAGGGAAAGUCUGGAAGCAGGACAGAGGUGCCAAACUCUUCAGAUUAUUAAAAGAACAGCAAAAAAUGCUUUUGGAACAGUGUCCCAGAAAAUACAGAAGUCUUGCCAAAGCCCAGUACACUCAAUGGUGACCUUUCCAGCUGAAUCCAUCAGCAGAAGCUGUGCGACGAGUUCUACCAAGAAAAAAAGUACUACACCUCAAACCCCUUGCUAUAAGACUGUUACUCCAGCAGCCAGUUCCAAAGGCAUCCCAAGGUCCAGCAAAAGGGCCUUGCUUGGGCCAACAAGGGUGUCAGAACAUGGAGAACGGAGGGAUUUCUCAUCCUGGCUUGGUAAAAAUGCUGUCUCUCUCCGGAGAUCAAGAAGAGCAGCAGCACUGAAGAGCCCUUAUUCAUCACCUGCUCCUGCCAGAAAGAUGGAAUAUGACUGCGAGUUGGAACUGGUCUCCUCAGGGAUUUGUCAACUGAAGCGUAUGUCCCAGGCAUUUGAUGAUGCUAUUGUGAAAGAGGAGAGGCAACAAGCAACAUCAAACUAUUACUAUCUAAUGGCAGAAAACUUACAUUCUGCGUGUCGAUCCCUGAAACCUUCUCAAGCUAUCAAAAGGCAAGCAAAGAAACUCCAUCAAGCACUUGGUACCUAGACACAGACUGUAACUAUUAUUAGUUUAUGAGCAUAUAUAAAUGAGGGGUCUGUGUAGCACCAAAAGGGUGCACUCUAUACACUAAACAAACCACUACAUUUUUAUAAUCUUUCUUGACAAAGCAGCUCAGGACUUCCCUUGCUUUCUCUUUUCAACUGUAGUUGGUACCUGUGGUACCAACCACAGGGUAUUAUCUCCUGCUGAGAUGAGGGAACCAUCUUGAAUGUGACUUUCAUGAGGCAGUAGGUACUUUGAUGUUGUACUGACCAGUAGGAAUGGCCAAAGCCUGGGCCACAGACUUAUGAACGGUAAUCCUAGGUAAGAGGAGUGUUUAGACUGGUAUCCAAUUGCCAUGAGUUUUAGCACAAGUAUUUUACAUACAAAAGAGUUUGGUCUAUUAUUUCGAAAGCCUAACAUUAUUUUUAUAUAUGAACAAACUAAGUGUUAAGCAUCAUGUUUAGCUGGAAGUUAAUAAAACAAUAGUGGCUUCUUUAAGUUUUGACCACAACUGCCAUUCCAAGGCAAUAGGUUUCUGCCACAAGAGAAAAGCCACAUUAGGACUCUUAAUUCAUGGCCUUAAGGAUUGCUAUUAGAUUAGUCUAACUAAUCCUAUCUUAGGUAGUUUGGUCCCAGACAAAUCAGAGCAACUUUGUAAUUUCCUACUGCUGCUUUAAAUAGCAUCUUGGCAGUUGAGUUAAACGUUGCUUCUGUACUAAAACAUCUGUCUUUUAGUUAUAUGCAGAAAUUGUUACUACAAUUAAUGUAACCUCUUACAGCUACUGUUAUUAGCCAGUAUCUCGGUGCAGGUAUUUUAUUUGAUGAUGCAUACUUAGCAUUUGAUAUAUUUUUUUUGCUUCUAGUUACUUAAAAAAAAAAAAAAAGUAACAUUCCUUUGAAAAGCCUUUUUUGGUUGGUCAUUCAGCGUAACAAAGUUUAGUCUUUCAAACCAAAGCAAAGAUUUCUCAAGCUUCUGGAAUUCAACAGCAGGGCUGUUUUAGGUGGUAGCAGCUUUGUGCAGGCUUCUCCAGUUACAUUCACUCUAAGAUGAACCUUCAAACAAAAGACUGAUUUGGAAAAUUUUGCUCUACUUGAUAAUGUUUAAGAUGUGCAUGUAAUUCAGUUCCAGUUUCACUAAAAUUUUAAUGGUAUCAAAUAUAAAUAUGGCAAGUAUUCAAUCCUGA